UGCACAUCCCGUUCUUUCUUUCCACACGACCAUUCUCUUUCUUUCUUCUCUUAUCUUCUUUUUCUCUCUCUUUCUUUGGUUCUUUGUUUCUGUGAUCCUCAACUCAACAACAGAGCAAAAAUGGCAUUGCAGGCACCAAGUCUUCACUGCGUCCCCACCGUGAAUGGUGGCCUGCGAAGACCCUCCGUCAGCCCUUUUGCUCUCAAAUCCUCCUUCUUCUCUGGUUCACUCAACCUUCAUCUUCAUCCCAAUCACCGCCAUCUCACUUCAGCACCACCCAGGAUUUCCAUGCGCGUCGCUUCCAAACAGGCCUAUAUCUGUCGCGAUUGCGGGUAUAUUUACAAUGACAGAAAUCCCUUUGAAAAGUUGCCGGAUAACUACUUCUGCCCUGUUUGUGGUGCUCCAAAACGAAGAUUUAAGCCCUAUGCACCAGCUGUGAGUAAAGAUGCCAAUAGCACAGCUGUUAGAAAAGCACGAAAAGCUGAUCUGCAGAAAGAUGAAGCAAUUGGGAAAGCACUUCCUAUUGCAGUUGUGGUGGGAAUUGCAGUGCUUGCUGGAUUAUAUUUCUAUCUGAAUAGCCAAUACUAGGCUGAAUGAAUGUUUCAUUGCAGUUUAUGCCUUCCUUUUCUGUUCUUCAUUAUGUCAGAAUGACCAUACAAUAAAUGAUACAAUUAUUUUUACAGAGAAGAAUGUUCAUAUUUAUCAACCCUGGCGGGUCAACGAUGCAAUGCAAUGUUGUUAAUAGAGGGGAGAAUUGAUUUA